AAAUAAACUUGCACAAUAAUUGAUGGUUAAGCAUGAUAUGAAAUGGAAUGUUUAUUGAAAUAUUGAUUUCCAUAAUAUUCACAGAUUCCCACUAAUCAGUAGAACAGAGAUGAAGGAGCCUCGGGCAUAAGCUCAGGUGGUUAGAACAAAGUCUUGCAGGCCGCUUGACGGAAAGGUUGAAGGUUCGAGCCCUACCAUUUAGAGUGCAGAUCCGCGAUUUACCCGUGUGUGGAGGGCAUCGUGUGUGCAGGGUUUUGGAACUCGGGAAGGGUUGGGGCUUUCUUCAUAGAACGUUCUCUCGGCGGUGGUUUCUUCAGUUCAGUGGCAUUUGGAUGCUGCUAGUCGCGUGUGCUGAUUUUCAGGUGACGUUUCCUUAUCAAUUAUGAUCUGUUCAGAAUUUACUGAGAUUUGGAAGGUGGGUCUGGGGUCACUUGCUCCACACUCAGAGAUUGUAGAGUCAUGACAGAAUUGGAAGUCUAUGCAGUAUCAAUUGUGGGGCCUUUUCCAACUGCUGUGACCAAUCUGUUGGAUCUUACUAGGCUGUGGGAGUCAUCUGUUCAAUUUGUAGAUACAGCCUCUCUACUUGGGGCAAGGCUUGUCUUUGUUUGGCACUCCCUAGUCACCACUUUUGUGGGAGAUCCUUUUUAGGGUUCAAAAUGGAUGAGGGAAUGAAGCAAUUUCAAAAAAGCUUAAUUGAACUUGAAAUUGAAGCAGAAAACCUCCUUUUGGCUCGUAAUCAGCUAGUUGAAAAUGAUAGGGUGAGGAAUGGGAACCGGGAAGCACUUACUGCAUUGAGGAAGAAAGCUCGGACAACAAAAACGAGUGUACCUACACCUUUUGAGUCAUUAAUGAAGGAAAUUGAGGGCACUGAAUCAAGGCCUUUGGUUAAGGAGGUGUGUACAACCUGUGGCAAUCAUGACUCGAAGGAAAACACUUGGAUGAUGUUCCCUGGAACUGAUGUCUUUGCUAGGAUUCCAUUUCAUGCUGCACAUACCAUUUUAGACAAAGAUCAAGCUCAGCUUGACUACAAGGCAAAGAAACUACAAAGCUAUGUAAAGGAAAAGUCCCUCUUGAUCUCAGAAAAAGGUGCCCUUACUGACAGGAUCAAUCCAGGUUUACUCAGAUCUCUGGUGACUCUCUCAGACAAUGCAAAGUGAGAGUGGGUUGCUUAACUUUCCCCACUGAAGACUGGCCAAGCAAAGCAAGUUUUGAUUAAUCAAUCUCAUGUGGCAUCUGCUUUUAUAAAGAUUGGAGCAUUGAGAUGAAGUUAGAAGUUCAUUUUUGGUAAAUUGCAGUGCCUGAUAAUGUGGAUCCCCACUGACCGACUGGCUUAGGUGCUUGCCUUUUUACUUAUUUUUUUUUUUUGGGGUUCCAUCUCUCUUCCUCACUCACCCUUUUUACAUAUAUUUUUUAAAAAAGUAUUUCAAAUGUAUAUGUAAAAUAUUGGUGACGGAUUUCUCAUCUCUCACUAGUUGAAGGCUAGUGAAGACUGCAAGGCAUCUUUAGUCUACCGCUCUGAAACCAAAAAGUUCCCAUUUAUGUAGUGUAAUGGACUAAUGCUAAGGGAGGAAGGUUGAUUCUAGGCCUGCACUUGUAAUUUGUGGGUGCAAACUAUCUUUUGGGCUUCCAUGACCGCAAAUGGAGAAGCAACUUUGUUUUUGAUAGCAUGGAAUUUAUGUUUUAAGACUUGAAAUUGUAUGAAUUUAGGCAAAAAUGUAAUACUUGACUGAUACCAUUUUGAA